AUGUUGAAAUCAAUUAUUCUUGCUCUACUUUUCUUAGGUGUAGCUGUCAAUGCUAAAAUCACUCAAGAAGAUAUUACUGCUAUUAAAGAAUCAUUAACAGCAGCUGUUCAAGCCGAUAACCAAUGUACAACAGCAGCUGAUUGUACUGCCGCCGCUGUUGGAUCUCGAGCAUGUGGUGGACCAAGCAGUUAUGUCGUCUAUUCAGCUGAAUGCGCUAAUGCAGAGCAAAUUAGUUCAUUGAUACAAUUGGCAACUAGACUUGAAAAACAAUUUAAUACGGAAAAUGAAAUGAUGUCUAUUUGUUCAAUGAUUAUGCCACCAAAAGCAUUAUGUGUUGCUAAUAAGUGUAAGGCUGCAGCAGCAUUCGAAUCAUUCGAACCAAUGCAUUAA